AUAUUAUAACUUUUAAAGUUUGUUUAAUUUGAUAUAGUAUUUAUUUAUCUCUACAAAUCUUAUAAAUUAAUGAAUUAAAUGCAAUCUGAAGAUAACACUAAUAUUCAAUAAAGCUACAAUUAAAAGUUCCUUUCUAAUCAUUUAUUUGAUUUUACAAGUAAGAAAUAAUAAAAUGAUAAUAAAGCUAAGUUUACAUGUUAAGAUAGUACAAAUUAAAUUGGUGAAGAUACCAGUUAAAAAAGUUUAAGUAGCAAUAGUGUAACAAAGAAAAUAUAAAAAUAAAAAAAAAAUAAAAUUAACUAACUUGGUAACCAUGAUAGCCAGCAAUAAGUGAUGAGAUAUUGUCUAACGCAAGUUUAAAAGCCUAUUUAUACUCCGUAUUUGUUUCUUUUUACUGGAAAUGUAAUCAUAGAUUUUAUUGAUUAAUCAAGAGAGUCACAAAUAUUUAAUUCACUAAAACCGCUUACUAUAUAAUCAUUAACAAAGAGGGAAGAUUGGUUUAGUGCUAAGCCUUCUUUUAUAGAUGUUUGUAAUGAAUUUGAUAUGGCGAUAUAUCUUCUUGAAAAUAAAUAAUCCUAAAUAUAAUAUGAUAUAGCAUAGAAAAUGAAAUAAUUUAAGUUAUUUGCUAGUAAGUAAACACAAAUUAUAAGCAAAAUUAAAGAAAAAUAUAAUAAUAAUUUUGAAUAAUUGAGUGAUCUAAAAGCUGAGAGAGCUAAGUAUAGAAAUGAUUAAAUAGAUAAUUACAUUAAAGCAAAUAUGAAAGAAGAUGAUUUUUAUAUUUGUUUUGAUUACGGAAUCGAUUUUUAAAAUAGUGUCACUCAUCCUCUUUUUAUUAAGUUUAGUAAAAGCAUGUUUGCACUGUUUGGAAUAGAAGAAGACUAUGUACACUUAUUUUUAACUAAGAAAGAAGCUUUCUAAUAAAUGAUACCAGAUAUAUCAAGAAAAUUACUGACCUUGGUCAAUAUGUAGCUACUACUCUAAGAAGAUAGGUAUAAAAAAUUAAUUAUAAAUGGUUAUUAAAUAAAUACAAUAGAAGAUUUUCAAAUAUCUUGUGACUUAGAAGCUUAUAUAUAACCUAUUACUUAUCCGCCUAACUUUGAAUAUAUUAUUAACUCUUCAGAUAACUUGGAAGAUACCGUGUUUAUAAAAUUUAUCAUAACAGCAUAACAUAUAAAAAAUGUAUUGUAGCAAAGAUAAGUCAAUAGUAAUUGUCCUUGUUUUGAAGACAUAGAAUAUUCAGUUUUUUCAGAAAUGUUUAUUCAAAGAUUUUAUCCUGAAGAAUAUAAUAAAUAAUAAAAUUAAUAAUUAACAAGUUAAGAUACCUGCCAAGAGGUAGAAAUAGAAGAAAAAAAUAAUGAAGAGGAAGAAAAUACCCAAAAAACAUGUGGUUAUAGAUUUAUUUAAUGA